AUGGCCUUUUCCUUUGGCUUCUCGGGCGACGACAUAGACGCCGCAGCGCAGCCUGUACCUGCGCCUGCGCCUCUCAUCACCAAACCCUCAACCACCGCCAACAGCGCGUUCCCCGUCGCAGGCAAACCGCAGCUGCCGCCCACGCACCACCCCGUCGCGGACCUGCUCGCUCGGCUGCCCUCCAAGAUUGCCUACGACUUCGUCGACCUGACGCUCGACGAUGGCUCUCCUCUGCGCAUCCCGCGCCGCGAGCUCUGGGACGUCCGCGUCCAGCUCAUGGCCGAGGACGACGACGACGAUGGCCGCGCGGCCGAGGGCCUGGGCGAGCACGACGUCAAGACGGGCGUCUACGAGGGCGGCUUCAAGAGCUGGGAGAGCAGCGUCGACCUCGUCAAGGUGCUGGCGUCGCAGAGCCAUCCUUCCACAUUGCAAGGCCGGCCCGUCCGCUCCAUCGAGCUCGGCUGCGGUACGGCAUUGCCCUCGCUGGCCCUCUUCCAAUUGUUCUUGGCCCUAGAUGCCGCCCCUUCGCCGCAGCCCUUCACCUUCAUCCUGGCCGACUACAAUCCCUCCGUCCUCCAGCUCGUCACCUUGCCCAACUUCCUCCUCGCCUGGGCCCUCCACCACCGGCGCCAACAGCGCCCCGCCCUCCAGGGCGCCUUCUCCAUUGACGGCGAACUCGAAAUCACCCCAGACCUGCUCCAAGCCUUCGAGAAGAACUUGCAAGAGCGCAACGUGACCCUGACAUUCCUCUCCGGCGGCUGGUCCCAAGACUUUGUCGAUUUGCUCUACAGCCUUUCCGGAAGUUCCGUCUACGGCCAGUCUCACGCGCCCGGCGUCAUUCUGCUUCUCGGGGCGGAAACUAUCUACUCCCCCUUUGCCCUCGAGGCUUUCAACGAGACCAUGCUCGCAAUCCUGCGCCGUGAACAGGCUGUUCCCGCAGUCCACGCGACCGCUUUCGUGGCUGCCAAGAGGCUCUAUUUCGGCGUCGGCGGAUCUCUCGACGACUUUGUCGACAAGGCCCGCGCAAGGGGGGCUACCGUCACUAAGCUUCGAGAAGAGGCUGGCGGGGUUGCUCGCGGUGUCGUACGCUGCGAUCUUCCUACAGCUGCGUCCGACGACCACAUGGUUGAUGGCUAG